AUGGGUGUUCACCAACUUUGGAACAUACUUGAGCCAGUAAGGAGAAAGGAAAACCUCUCUACGCUGAGCAACAAGACAUUGUGUGUUGAUUUGAGCGGUUGGAUAUGCGAGGCGAAGUGUGCUAAAGGUCUGAAAGAAAAUGUCAACAAACCGCAUUUAAGAAACCUCUUCUUUCGAUUGCUGUAUUUGACUCGUCUAGGAGCCAAACUGGUAUUUGUUGUGGAUGGUAAACCACCUGAACUGAAGUGGAAAGCCAUAACAAAGCGAGUUCAGGCAAGAAAUGGCGGGCGAAAUUGGAAGUCGAAAAACACACAAUCAUCUGCUUCGGGAGCACGGGUUGGACGGUCACACUUCGAUUUCUGGGUUAAAGAGGUAAUUAACUACUUUGUAAGCAGGUCGAUCUUAUUCCUACGUAUAAUUCGACUAGUAAUGAACGUUUGUUUUAGCUUUCUUGUCUCGGCCUCAACCCGGGUGUAAUUUGAGAACUGGGAAAUAGCAGGGUGUUCCGGGAACGUUGGUUUUUGAAUAAGGGGGGAUUUAUUAUUCAAAGGAGCCGAGAAAAUUGGAACCCUUUGCACAAAUUUUUCAAAGGUGCCGACAAAAAAUGAACCCUUCGAAUUUCAGGAUGUCGACAAAAUUUGAGGGUUCGGAUUCCAGUCAUCCUUAGUGAGGGGUUGGUGUAGAUAAAAAUGGAAUGUCCAGGCUAUUGGGGUGCAGGUAGUAACCAGGACGGAAAAUUGGACAUUCCAAACUGACCCAUUUUCAGCUCUGUGGUGUGUUACAAAAUUGAAGUGAAUUGCCACACAUUGCGGGUCCUACAAAGUAAUAAAGAAUGGUUUUUUAAGGGCAAUUUGUUUUGGUCUUUGUGGGAGAUUUUCCAAUGUAGAGCACGUUCGAGCUGUCCUAUAUACUUCUUUAUAGAAAAACAUAUUAUGCAGGAAUUGAAAAUCUUCCAAAGGAGGUUAUAGCUCAACUCUACCCCACACCCCACAUAAGCACUCUGUACUCUGAUUUUGUUGUAGGCAUUUAAUUCAGUCAUGACUAACUCACUGUCACAGCCAUAGAGGGGAUUAUGACCCCCCCCCCCCACCCCCUAGCCUACUUUGUUGCUACAAGAAAUGAUUUUUCGGAAAUUCCAUGCCAAGUGAAUCAAAUGUAUUUUGUUAUUCAGUGCUGUACUCUCCUGAACCUCUUGGGAAUACCUUGUAUCAAGAGUGCAGGGGAAGCAGAAGCACUCUGUGCAUGGCUUGAUCUUCAUCAGGUGAAAGAAUUUUUUGCUUAAAUUAUAAAAGCUUCGUAAUGUUAAUGUUGUGGUUAAUUUUUUUAGCUCAGGUAAUUUUUUUUUUACUUUUGUUUCAACUUCAUUAGCAUACAUUACCAUACCCAAAAACAAAAGAAAAACAAAAAUUACCUGAGAUAAAAAAUUAACUACAACAUAAACAUGACUAACACUUUUGUGUCAAUUAAAGCACAGUACGUUAUUUUAUUAUUACAAUAUCAUGUAGCAAAAACAAAACAGCAACAAAAAAUAAGCAUUCACUAAUUACUGAUGGUUGAGAUCAUGUGACUUUUUAGUCACCUAAUCUCAGAAGAACAGGAAAAACCUUCCUUGAAAUGCUGAUCAAGCUGGUUCCUUGAACUCUCGAGAUUACUUGUCGAUGAGCAGAUGUAGGGCCCAGGGGUCACCUUGUCUCCAUCUUCAGUUCCGAUGCUAUAAUUUCUUAUAAAAAGAACUGAAUGAAAUUGCUAGUGUGACUCAAAAUCUAGUAAUCACUCUGACCAAGGAAGUUUCAAUCCAUUUAUUUACUUGAAGAGUUACAUGUAUCACACGUGAGGGUUGAAGGGUUGAAGCAGAGUUGAGGCAGAAGAGAUUUUGACACUCAAAAAAUUAUAUGUUAGAUUGUUGAUGGCUGCAUAACCAACGAUGGGGAUGCAUUUCUAUAUGGUGCAAGAACUGUUUACAGAGAUCUCUGCAUUAGUGGAAAGGUACGACAUUAAUCUUAGCAACAGUUUGUUAAUGUGGCUAAAUGAAACAAGGUUAAACAUAUACAAUACUGGUCAGCGGUCUCCACCACUAAUAGUAUGUGGGGUGGUCUUGAACUUUAGCAGGGCUUUAGUAAUUUUACAGCACUUUUGGAGAUAAUUUUGCUCACAUUGCCUUUGCCUACAGUAGCUUUAGCUGUUUUUGCCCCCAGCCCCCACCCCCACCCCUUUGGAUGUUUUUCUUCAUUGGUAAGUAUCUGCCUGGUGAGUGUUGCUCACAGGGUUGUCAUGGUUACCUUCUAGGGUCGCUUGCCCUUUGGCUUCACCUGUCACCUUCCACAUGCCAGUCUAUCAUCAAUGGGUUUAAAUAUGGGUUGGAGGAUACAUGUAACCGUGACAACCUGGUUAGAUCUCAGGGGUCCCUGCAAACCAACCUACUAACAUAAUUACCAGGCAAUAACAUGUAUUGUUUUCCCUAUGUGUAAAUGAGUUGAUUUGCUUUGAGGUUUGUACAUGCACCUAGCCCAUAAAUUUCAUUUCUUGAAUUAUUCACAAUAAAAUUAUCAAUACAGUUGUAGGAGUUAAUUUUCUUCUCCCCAUGCUGGAUUUGAAGAUUAUGAUUUUAGUUCAGUUUCUAAAGAAAAACAGGUGGGGAUGUCAUCAUUGCUUCAUAGUGACAAAUGAGGCAGAACAUUCUAUGACAAGACAAAUCUUCUAUUUUUGAUUGAUAGAGUGAUGCAAAACACCACAGAAAGACAACUAAACAUUGUUGAAUUUUCAAUAAUCCUAUUAAAUGUAUGCAGUCUAAUAGUACAUUAUGCAUGCAUGAUACUGUUUUUUCAGUUGAUAGUCUGAAAUUAGUUAUGAAUGCAGGUCACUUUGUUUCUUUAGGAUGCCUCUGUAGAAUGCUACAAAAUGGAUGAUAUAGAGGCUGAGCUAAGUAUGGCAAUGUUAAAAUUGUUGCAGUAUAUGAACAUUGAUCAUAUUUUUAAAUUUCACUUUUCUACUAGCCUGUGAAUGCAGACAUAUUUGUGGUCGUUGCUUCUCUCCACCCAAAAGGUAACUUUUCAGGUAGAGAGAAGCGAAAACUGGAGAUACAUCAGCGUUUGCAAGCUACUUUUCGAAAAGUGACAGCCAUUAACAUACCUCAUCACUAGUCACAAGUCCCAAAAACAAAAUGCCAGUCAAGGCAGUGUCAUAAGACAAGUGGUAUAAGUUUGAUUUACACAAUUUGACUCGAUUUUGCGGGCUUCACAUUGAAGUACAGGAACAAUUUUUUGAUAAGCAACAAAGUUUCACCAGCCUGUCUUUGUGAAAAAAUGGCCUUAAUGUUGUAAAUUUAAUAUAAUUUGUAGACCUCAACAGGCAGAAUCUUGUCGCGCUUGGGGUUCUCCUCGGGUGUGAUUACCUUCCUCAAGGAGUGUCAGGUGUCGGAAAAGAAAUUGCCAUGAAACUGAUUAGAAAUGUCAAGCAUGACAACUUGAUUGACAGGUAACUCUGAUUCUGCCUAACUUUUAUUCUUGAAAACAAUUUAAAUAUUUAUUUGCUUUUAAAAAAGUUAUCCAAGUUUGAUGCUUAAGUAUAGAUAUUAUGCAGGUGUAUUGAUGUUCAUUUUAGUAACGUGUACAAGAAGUUGCUUGAGUGCAGUACUGAUAUUUCUGGUUUUUUUUUGUGCGAUAUUAUGCAGGUGUAUUGAUGUUCAUUUUAGUAACGUGUACAAGAAGUUGCUUGAGUGCAGUACUGAUAUUUCUGGUUUUUUUUGUGCUCUGCAUUCGUACAUAAGGUACAUUAGUUAGCAGAGUGAUGAUAGCAAUCAAGAUUUUUCUUUGCUGCUUUGAAAGCAGAAUUGCCAUACAUAUGUACAGUCUGCCAUUUCUGUGACAGUGUUAAAUAUUAUCAAAGAUGGAAACUUUUCAAUUCUGCAGAUCAUAUACAUAAAUUUUGCUAAUCAUGUUUUACAUAUUUGUCUUUUGUCUACUCUUUGUUCCAUUGUCAAGGUUUUUUAAAUGGGCAAAAGGGACGUGUCAAGAUGAAAAUCUCUCAAGUGUGGAGAAAUCUGUCAAAUGGUAAAUAAUGAGAUCUGUGUUUAAUCUAAAGAUUUCUCAUAUGACUCAUAAUGUUAGGUAUUAGUUCAAUUGUUUACAUUUGAAUUAAAAAAUCUGCAGUACAGCUAGUGGUAAUACAAUGUACCUGUUUCGCCCCAAGUAAGGGAAUCCAAGACAUUCUUGGAUUCUGGAUUCCACGCAGUGGAGUCCGGAUUGCUAUUACUGGAUUCCAGUCUUUGUCAGUGGAACUUGGAUUCUGGAUUCCAAUCGUCAGUUGGAUUCCGGAUUCCUACAACUGUAUUCCGGAUUACAAGGCCCAAGAUUCGGAAUUCCACAAGCAAAAAUUUCCCGGAUUCUGGAAUCCAUAUUCCCUUAUGUGGGGCAAAGCUGUAAAUAUUGUUUGCUGCUCAGGUAGAGACAUGUUUAACAAUAUUUCCUACCUUUGAGACAGAGUAUUUCCUUUAAUUAGCAGCCAGGCUAAGAUCUUAUUCAAAGGUGCAGUACUUGUACAGCAUACCCCAAGGAUUACAGAAGUUGUGGUCAUUUUAAAUUAGGUGUCAAUGGUAAAAACCAAGGACAGUGCUAUAAUUUAGUUUUGAAGUGAAGAGCUAUUAUAGCAACUCUUUCAACUGCUCCACUCAAGCUGUCAUUAGGGAGCAGCAAUGUUUUUGAGCGACGCAUGUCAACUAGAAGUUAACCUUUUCCAAUGUGCCUUGAUGCUACCAAAUUUGUAUUGCUAAAUGUUUUUGCUCUUAAAGAGAUGAUUUGCCCAAGAAUUUGUUCAAAAUUGAAAGAAAAAGACGAUUUGCCCAAGAAUUUGUCAAAAAAUCACUGCUGAAGAUUUCCUAUAGGCUACUAAAAGUCCACUUAAUAUUUCAUGGAAAAACAUUCAAAUAGACCCAAAUAGAACUUCCAAACUGUUCAAUUCCCCGCUUUCUAAUUUUUUAUACCUGGCAACAAUAAAUCUUAGUGGUGAAUAACUGUUUCAUUUAUUUGUUUACAGAUAACAAUAACACAACAUUGUGUAUCAAAAUUUCAAUUUGCAAACCAAUUUUAGGGUUAGGAGAGGUGCUACAUGACCCUCUCAUUCACCUAACCUUUUUUACUCUACAGCAAAGCUUUGAAGGACAAGAACUUUCCUCAUCCUGAGGUAACGCUCCCAUUGUCUUAAUAUUAUUGGACUUUUUGGUUUUGAGUAGUUUAGGUAGAAGUUUUUUCUUUCAUUUCUUAUAUCACAUUCAGGUGAUUCAGGAAUUUCUGGAUCCUAAAGUUGUACCUCAGAAAGUUUCUCUUAAGAUUAUGAAUCCAGAUCUACAGGGACUGCAGGUAAAGACUAAUUUAUCUUUAUUUUACUGUUGAGUACACUCUUCUGUUUCUCUUCCUUGGUACUGUUAGAGUACCAAAUUAAUGGUAGAGAAUUUGCAAUAAGGGCUUUAUAAGGAUUUUGCACUUGCAUGAGUAAGAUAAGACCCUAAAAGACUGUAAUGAAAAUGAAAUAUCCUAAAAUGGGUUAAAAAAAAGAAAAAGAAAAUUAGCACUUGUCUCGUGAAUUUUGAAUUUUGAACAUGACUCACAAAGUCAAAUUUUAAAGGAAUGUCAUUCAUUUCCAUUAUCAGAAGCCAGCCAUGAAAAUAUACCAUUUUGGUAAAAGCUGUCCUAAAUUUCAGGCUUCUAGGAGUUUUUGUGAUUGGCGGUUUGAAGUUGUAAGAGAAGAAUUUACCAAAGAGGGUAAUUAAGAAAUUAUUUUCAAAUGGUUAAGUUAUAUUCAGCCCAGAGACCAGAUAUUCCCCUUGCUACUACUCCAAUGAGAACUAAGAGAAAAAUUGAAACUAAACUCCAACUAUAGAUUUUUUUAAGAGGGAACUGAUAAAGUAGGAGGUUCUUCAGCAAAAAGGUGUCAAAACAAAAAAAUAGACUUAAAACAUACUAAACAAUUCCCUUCUAUUGAGAACCCUGUUCAAUUUCCCCUACUAUUAAAUAUGUAUAUGCUAGUCAACAUGAAAUCUUAGUGACAGCCUUGGUCAACGAGUGCUGUGUCAAACUCAUUGUAAUAAUCAGAGCAAUUUCUGUCAAUUCUUUUGUUUAAAGGAAUUUUGUCUGAAGAAUUUAGAAUGGCCAGAAGAGUACACCAGAGAAAAGGUAUAAAAUUUGAGAAAGACACCUAACUAACAGUGUUUAGCUUUUGAAAAAAAAGAAGAAAAGUUGUUUAGUUUUCUUUUUCUGCUAUGAGUCUCAUGUUAAGUGUACAUUCUCAUCUGCGACUUUCAUGUUUCAAGUUUUGUUUCAAGGGAAGAUUGUUAGUCGAGAGAAAAUUGAAAACAAUAUUUAUGCAACAUUUUGUGGAGAAAACAAAUUACAUUAAGGAGAACGUGAAAGGCGCAAAUGGAGAACCACUAAAUAAGCGCCCAUUCACCUUGGUCAAUAACCUACUUCAUACUGAUGAUAUCAAAUGGACAGCUUUCUUCUUUUCUCGCUGUUAAAAUUUUUAAACUUUCAUCUCUAGUGUUUCUCUGAUUUAUAAUUGCAUGUUAGUAAUGCAUCAUAUGAUCUUAUAUCCUUGAAGGUUCUUCUGUUAAUCACCUACUGGCAAAUGACAUCAUCACUGCAGCAAUCCACUGAAACACUAGUUCAUCCUCAAAGGUGAGUGUCCAGAAGAUGGUGUUAAUUCUUCAUAAAGAACUAGUGAUGGUGUCAGACCAAUGGACUGAAAAAGCCCAAACACGUGAAGCUGGAGGUCAUGCACCCAAUGAUCAAAAGCAAAUCCAAAUUUCCAGCCUGUGAAUAAACCAUACUGGGUCAAUUCAGAUGCAUGAAGUGUUACAACCAAGAUUACUUAAUACAGUCUAUCAAUUAUUACUUGAGUUAAGAGGAAUAAGGGGAGGAAAGGGGGUUCUUAGGAGACAAGGAAAAAGGGAGGGGGCCUUUAAUUUGAGAGGGGGGGCUAUAUGUAGAGGUUUGAUGGUACUUCCACUUGCAAACCGCGAUUGGAUUAAUCUCUGUUUGAAUGGCAAAAAAUGUCAGGGGCGGGGAUACAGGGGUUGAGCGGAUCCAGAUGGCGUUGACAAAACCUGAAUCCGCUUAAUUAACCCUCACGUAACCCUUCAAAAAUUAUUUCAUGAAGUGAGUACCAAAUCGCCGAACCACUGUUAGUACUGAUUUUUUUAAAAAAAGAAACUGCAUAAACUCCAGCCUAUUCAUCAUAAAUUACCAUCAACUGAUGAGAUACAACUCGCUUUGACUCUGAAGAUGACUACCGCACAGGUUGUUACUGUCAGUAACAGUUCUUAAUUCAGGAUUACACAUACCCGGACGAUCAAAUUCCAUCUACUUAUGAAAUGUUACCCUUGCGAGUUCCAGUGUUGCAAAUUAUACAGUCGAGCCUCCGCUAACAGCCACCUCUCUACAACGGCCUGUUUUUUUCGUCCUGGCGGACAAAAAAUCCAUACAUUGACCCUUGUUUAAAACCUCCAUACAACGGCCACCUCUUUACAACGGCCACUUUCGUUUGUCCCCAAGGUGGCCGUUGUAAAGAGGUUCAGCUGUAUAUGGUGAGACCUUUAAAAUCAUGUAACAUUACAUUGUUUUUCACAGGAUCGUGAAAGCUCGAGUCCAGCAGAAGAUCGAAUGUUAUGAGAUUGAAUGGCAAAAUGUAUCACUAGGUGAAACGUGUUCUCCUACAUUUGUCACUAUCGAGACUAGAGAGGUAUACAAAAUGACUAUUUAUUUAUUUAUUUAUUGGUUGUAAAACAGCGUGGGUUUCGAUAUGGUGGAAGCUUUCGUAAAAAACAUCCAAUUCGUGGGUAUGGUUUAGGGAGAUAUGAAUUGCAUUAUUUUUGAAGGUAGCAGGGAUCAACUUUGAAAAACUGUUAGGCUGUGUAGCUAUCUGUUGUGUUAUUUUAACCUUCCUUUAAUGUUUUGGGACCAUAAAUUUAAUUUCAAGGCUUUAAAAGAGGAUGAAAAGGAGCAUGAGCAAAUUUAUUCUGAGGACUUAUUCAACAGUCUUGCUUUGGGGGAACCAAAUACAGCUCUGUCUUGAGUAUUGAGGGAAAGUAGUGUUCGAGGGACUAUUAAUGAAUGAAGUGAUUCUUAUUACAAUAUUUGCCAAUCUGUAAUAGAGAAGCAUCAGUAAGGGAAGAGUAUAUACCUAAAACCCUUGCGUUGAAUUUUUUUCAGCUUUUCACUAACGUCUAUCCUGACCUUGUGGAAGAAUUCAACAAUGCGGAAGCAGCAAAACUGUCUAAAAAGUCAAGUAAGCGUACACGAUAUAAUCUUUCUUAUUGUAAAGAAAACGUACAUGUCAAUGUUCAGAUCAGGAUCUGCUCUGGUACGCUCUAAUAACAAUUAAUUUGCAAGUUCUUGACGCGAGGCUCGGUAACCAUUUUAGUUUAAUCAAGCUUUAACUGAUAACGAAAAAAAGUCGCGAAAUGACGUCCGAGAAACGAGCGUAGAAAUUCUUUACUUAUUACGCUUCUUAUUGGUUGAAUAUUUGUUUCAUCCAAUCAGAAGCACUACUCAUAUCUGGAGAGUGACGCGUCACGAGUAUGGAAUUACUGCGCUCGUUUCUCAGACGUCAGUCAUCGCGCGGAAACCAGUGCAUGGUGGCGUCGCAAAAUGGCGGCUGUUUUUUCAGGCUACGAAGAGACCCGCCUGGGGAAUAUUCUCCUUUGUAAGAGGCUUUCUUACCCGGACCUAUCCAUCUCGUUUUUGUCGGGAAAACGUUACGAUCCGAUGUAUGUGUUAACUACGUUUUCUAGUUCUAAACUAUUGUCGUUUAAGUCAUACGAGACCAUUUUCAGCAUACGUUCAAGCCCUAGUUUUUCACAAGGUGGAUAACGCUAUCUAUUUGAUAAAUCUAUAUCCAGGCGAUAACCCAGUUGGUUUCUCUAAUACUUCUAUCUGGCUAGUGAUUUGAACAACCGGGGCCUUGCCUUGUGUAGAGUAGGCAGUCAUGUAAGAAUGACAAAUGUUGCCAACGGAUGUCUGUAAGCGUCAAAAACUAUGGUGGCUGUUUGUGUUUUAUUUGAACAACACUGUUGGGCCUUGCCAUAGAGCCUCCAGUAGUAGCGCAGGGCACCCAACGACAAGAAAAUAUCUGUUCAGAAGACGAUUUGAGAUCAAAUUGUCGGAACAUUUGCUGUAAAACGGAUGUCUAGGAUUUGCGAAUAUCUGAAAAAUGGUAUAUAAAAGGGUGGCUGUUUGUGUUUUAUCUAUAAUUUUGACCAACACUAGGAAAUCCGAACAGAUGAAAAAACACUGUUGCAUCGUUAUCUACCGUUUAAAUACUAAAAUACGUUUAACAAGUAUGUUUCAGUGGUUUAGAGCGUCCGAACCAGAAUUAGGAGGGUCGUGAGUUCGAUUCUCACCUGGAGCUCGACAUGUUUUCAGAGUUGCUGGUGUUAGAAUUCUCCUUCUUCCAAAAUUUAUUUGUUGUUGUCUUGGUCAUUACAGGGAAAAAGAAGCCUGACAAGCCAUCAAAGAAAACCCACGACUGUGAAGAUGAAGUGAAUCUAUUGUCACAGCAACUGCAAGAUUUAAGUGUCCAAUACUCAGACCGUGGCACACGUCAUGGCUCUGUUGCUCAUGAGGAGCCUGCUAAACAAGAAGUCGAUGAAGAUGAAUCUCUUCAAGACAUAAUAGAUUCAAUACUUCCAAACACCUUUGAUCAUGACUCAUCUUCCCCGGAAUGUUCUGCCGAAUGUUCUAGCCCUUACGUAGGCAUGAUUGACAGAAACUUCUUGGCUGCCAGUAAAAGAUGGCAGGAAAUUGAUAACGAUGAAGACGAUGAUUAUGACCUUGUCAGAAAUGACGACCAGGAUGUCAAUGAUGAUUAUGAGGUUGAUGAUAUUCCUUGUGAUUACCAGCCUGUACGUAUGGUUAUGGCUCCUAAGCUGGGUAACAAAGAGUUCACGAAGCCAGAUGAUUAUUCGUCUUAUCCUGGUGUUAUUGAUCGUGAAGAUGAUUUUCUGAAAUGUGGGCUAUCAAAGUUGAAAGAUAUGAAAAUCAGAGCAGGUUACACAGCUGUAGAUGUACUGGACCACAGUCAAGAUAAUAACGUCACUGAUGACGACAGUGAAGACUACGAUCAUGAAGGAAGAGUCAUUAAUGUCAGUAAACUACCGUCACCUGAUAUACCACCAUGCAGGACAACAGCUGCAAAACCCAUUACACAUCUUGAAUGCGUAGUUGUGAUUGAUUCAAGUGAUGAAGACAUUGUUGUUUCUGGAAAAGAGCGUAAAGUCCUGAAAAAGAACGUGAGAGCGUCCAAGACAAAGCAGGUUCUGCUAAAUGACUCGGAUCUCAAGCAGAUCUUUGGCUCAAGCGAUCUUUGGUCCAGUGAUGAUGACGAAGAGGAAAAUGAAAAUCGAGAUGUCGAAAAUUUUGCCCUUACCAGAAAAGCAUCUGGAAUAAACAAGACUGCUUCAUCGACCGCAAAACUCAAUUAUAACCAUGCCUUAGGAAAGCCAAGUGCCUCUCUCUGUAAGAAAUCAACAGAGUUAGAUUCAUGCCCAAGUUUGUCCCAUCAGACUAAAUUAGAAGAUUGCCGGGAUAUGCAGUCAAAUAGUUUACGGAAUAGGCCUUAUGUGAAAACAGUUUCAAGCAGUGAUAAUGUCUAUGCAGCAAGAGUUGAAAGAGUCAAGGAAAAAUCUGCGGAGGGCAUCAGCAAACGAGUUCUUUUGCCAACGAAUACAAACCAAAGCAUUUCAGGUAGCCCAACAAGUGACAGACUGGACGACAUUAACACUCAUAUGAACUCUAACGAUGGGGCACAAAAAGGAAACGUUGGUUCUCCGGCAGAAAAAGAGAACGUUGAUUCUCCACCGGAUGAUUCUGUACCUGCUCCACUGUUCACAAGACUCCGCCAGAAUUUCACUGCCAAACACAGGUUGGCAAGUCUGCGCUCUAUUUCUUCUGCUACAUAUGAAUAA